GCUAAAUAUCAAUCAAGUGAAUUUAAACCAAAUUAUUUUAUAUGGAUAUGUUUGGAUGAAUAUGAAGUCCCCUAUGGGGUGUGAAUUGGGGGUUUAUUAGGGAGGCACAGCGACAGUCAGCAGCUAACCACAAUCCUUCGACCGUCGCUCCAAUUUUCUCCGUCGCAAGGCUCUCACUCACCACAUCCACUCACCACCUCAUUGACGAGGUCAAUGAGGAUGAGCACACCGAACUCGAUGUUUCAAUAUUUAUAGACAGCUAAUACAAUUACAUUUCAUUCCUGGAAUAUUCGGGUUUACAUUUCCAUCCUCUCACCAUUCAUUCCCUCCAAGCCUCGGCCAAUCUCACCAUGGCAUCUCAAUCCUCCCCAGCGCGGCCAACCCCCCGCAUCAUCAUGUACUACCAAACCACCCACGACCCAGACGGCAACCUAAUCUCCACGCUUCCGCUGAUCACACAGCCCGGCAUCGCGCUGACCCACCUAAUCGUCGCCGCGAUCCACAUCAACGAGGACCCGGACGGGCUCACCCUCAACGACCACGCGCCCUCGGACCCGCGGUACACGACGAUGUGGGCGGAGCUGCGCAUCGCGCAGGCGAGCGACGUCAAGGUCCUCGGCAUGCUCGGCGGCGCCGCGCAGGGCUCCUUCGCGCGCCUCGACCAGCAGGACCAGGCUUCUUUCGAGACUUACUACGCGCCCCUGCACGCCCUGAUCCGGGAGCGCGGCCUCGACGGCCUCGACCUCGAUAUCGAGGAGGAGAUGUCGCUCGCCGGCGCCGUGCGCCUGAUCGACCGGCUGCGCGCGGACUUCGGCCCAAACUUCCUGAUCACGCUGGCGCCUGUCGCCGCGGCACUGCUGGACCCGCGCCGCAAUCUUAGCGGCUUUGAUUAUGAGGCCCUCGAGGUCAUGCGCGGCCCCCAGAUCGCCUGGUACAAUGCGCAGUUCUACUGCGGAUGGGGCGACGCUGCGAGUCCUGCCAUGUACCAGAUGUGCGUCGCGCGCGGCUGGCCCGCCGAGAAGGUCGUCAUCGGCCUCGUUACGACGCCUGAGAACGGGCCUGGAUGGGUGCCGUUCGAUGCCCUGGCUGCUACGCUGGCGCUCCUGCGGAGUCAGUUUCCGGGGUUCGGCGGCGUGAUGGGUUGGGAAUAUUUUAAUGGCUUACCGGGUGGUCAGGCGCGGCCUUGGGAGUGGGCGCAGAGUAUGACGAGGCUUUUGGGUGCUGGGCAGGUUGGGGGUGCGCAAGAGACAUCCGGUGCCAAGAGUACGAAGGCCGUAGAGAUAGAUCCUGAUGCUGAGACUGGCCCCAGUCCCGAGGUUCCGCAGAGUUUCGAGUACUACUCCGAUGGUUUGGACGAGGGUGAUGAUUAAGUUGGGAAUAGGUCGACAAACAGACCGUAUUCACACUUCUUGGGACGUAGGAGCAUUUCUCGCUAACACACGUUGGACUAUGAUAGUUGUGUGCCCAUCUAAUUGAAAUCAUUCCUACUCCCUAGUCACAACUUGGAAAUG